ACAGGCGGUUGUGGCUCAGCCCCUGUUGCAGGGGACAAGUGAGGGCGACUUUCCUGUCCUGCCCUGAGACGCCGCCCUCCCGGGGUUGGGGACAGAGCAGGUGCAGAGGCACUGCAGCUGCCCGGUUGCCCAGCCUCCUGAAUGAUGCCAGCCCAGUAUGCUCUAACCUCCAGCCUGGCUCUCCUGGUGCUACUGGGCACAGCCAGAGCAGGCCCCUUCUCUUCGCGGUCCAAUGUGACACUGCCAGCCCCCCGGCCCCCUCCCCAGCCAGGGGGCCGCACGGUGGGGGCAGGAGGGGGAAGGCCCUCUUCUCAGCUUUAUGAGCACACAGUGGAAGGAGGGGAGAAGCAGGUGGUAUUCACCCACCGCAUUAACCUGCCCCCUUCCACUGGCUGUGGUUGUCCCCCAGGCACUGAGCCCCCAGUCCCUGCUUCAGAGGUGCAGGCCCUGAGGGUCCGGCUAGAGAUCCUGGAGGAGUUGGUGAAGGGGCUCAAGGAACAGUGCACUGGGGGAUGUUGUCCUACUGCUGCCCAGGCUGGCACAGGUCAGACAGAUGUGCGGACCCUCUGCAGUCUCCAUGGUGUGUUUGAUCUGAGCCGCUGCACCUGUUCCUGUGAGCCAGGCUGGGGUGGGCCCACCUGCUCAGACCCCACAGAUGCUGAGAUUCCUCCCUCCUCCCCACCCUCAGCCUCGGGGUCCUGCCCAGAUGACUGCAAUGAUCAGGGUCGCUGUGUCCGCGGUCGUUGCGUGUGCUUUCCCGGCUACACUGGCCCCAGCUGUGGCUGGCCAUCCUGUCCCGGGGACUGCCAAGGCCGUGGGCGCUGCGUGCAGGGCGUGUGUGUGUGCCGGGCAGGUUUCUCAGGCCCCGACUGCAGCCAGCGCUCCUGCCCUCGGGGUUGCAGCCAGAGGGGACGAUGUGAGGAUGGGCGCUGCGUGUGUGAUCCAGGCUACACUGGUGAGGACUGUGGCAUGAGGAGCUGCCCUCGCGGUUGCAGUCAGAGGGGGCGCUGUGAGAAUGGGCGCUGCGUGUGCAACCCUGGCUACACUGGCGAGGACUGUGGGGUGAGGAGCUGCCCUCGGGGCUGCAGCCAGAGGGGACGCUGCGAGGACGGGCGCUGCGUGUGUGACCCCGGCUACACUGGCGAGGACUGUGGUACGCGGAGCUGCCCCUGGGACUGUGGUGAGGGCGGGCGCUGCGUGGACGGCCGCUGCGUGUGCUGGCCCGGGUACACAGGCGAGGACUGCAGCACUCGGACAUGUCCGAGGGACUGCCGGGGCCGCGGGCGCUGCGAGGACGGCGAAUGCAUUUGCGACACGGGCUACAGCGGGGACGAUUGCGGCGUGCGCAGCUGCCCUGGCGACUGCAACCAAAGGGGCCGCUGUGAGGACGGCCGCUGCGUGUGCUGGCCAGGGUACACUGGACUCGACUGCGGCUCGCGCGCCUGCCCACGCGACUGUAGAGGUCGCGGGCGCUGCGAGAACGGCGUAUGUGUUUGCAACGCGGGCUACAGCGGCGAGGACUGCGGUGUGCGCAGCUGUCCUGGAGACUGUCGUGGCCGGGGCCGCUGUGAGAGUGGCCGCUGCGUGUGUUGGCCAGGCUACACAGGCCGGGACUGUGGCACGCGCGCCUGUCCUGGCGACUGUCGCGGGCGCGGGCGCUGCGUGGAUGGCCGCUGCGUGUGUAACCCGGGCUUCACCGGUGAGGACUGUGGGAGCCGUCGCUGUCCCGGGGACUGCCGUGGGCACGGCAGUUGCGAGGAUGGCGUGUGCGUGUGUGACGCAGGCUACUCAGGGGAAGACUGCAGCACGCGCAGCUGCCCCGGGGGCUGCCGAGGCCGCGGCCAGUGCAUAGAUGGGCGCUGUGUGUGCGAGGACGGCUACUCUGGUGAGGAUUGCAGUGUGAGGCGGUGCCCGAAUGACUGCAGCCAGCACGGCGUGUGCCAGGACGGUGUGUGCAUCUGUUGGGAAGCCUACGUGGGUGAGGACUGCAGCAUCCGCACCUGCCCCUCCAACUGCCAUGGGCGGGGCCGCUGUGAGGAGGGGCGCUGCCUGUGCGACCCAGGCUACACUGGCCCCACCUGUGCCACCCGCAUGUGCCCGGCUGACUGCCGGGGACGUGGGCGCUGUGUGCAGGGAGUGUGCAUGUGCCACGUGGGCUAUGGCGGUGAGGACUGCGGGCAGGAAGAGCCUCCAGCCAGCGCCUGCCCUGGAGGCUGCGGGCCCCGGGAACUGUGCCAGGCAGGCCAGUGUGUGUGUGUAGAGGGCUUCCGAGGCCCUGACUGUGCCAUCCAGACAUGCCCAGGGGACUGCCGUGGCCGAGGAGAGUGUCACGAUGGCAGCUGUGUCUGCAAAGAUGGGUAUGCUGGCGAAGACUGCGGGGAAGAGGUGCCAGCCAUUGAGGGCAUGAGGAUGCAUCUCUUGGAGGAGACAACAGUUCGGACAGAGUGGACCCCGGCUCCUGGCCCUGUGGAUGCCUAUGAAAUUCAAUUCAUCCCCACGACAGAGGGGGCGAGCCCCCCAUUCACAGCACGGGUUCCAAGCUCUGCCUCAGCCUAUGACCAGAGAGGACUGGCCCCUGGACAGGAGUACCAGGUCACUGUCCGAGCCCUUCGAGGGACCAGCUGGGGCCCUCCUGCCUCCAAGACCAUCACCACCAUGAUCGAUGGGCCCCAGGACCUCCGAGUGGUGGCUGUGACGCCGACAACACUGGAGCUUGGCUGGCUGCGUCCCCAGGCCGAGGUAGACCGAUUUGUGGUGUCCUACGUCAGUGCCGGCAACCAGAGGGUGCGGCUGGAAGUGCCCCCUGAAGCAGACGGGACGCUGCUGACUGACCUGAUGCCAGGCGUGGAAUAUGUGGUGACUGUCACAGCGGAGCGGGGCCGGGCAGUCAGCUACCCAGCUUCCGUCAGGGCCAACACAGCACCAGGCCACUACAGUUACCCGGAGGUGCGCCCCCCAGCCCCGCCCCCCAAGCCCCGGCCCCGGCCAGCCCCAGCCCCGCGGCCCCCACGGCCCCCUCGGCCCUCGAGGCCCGCAGAGGAAGGGGAGGAGGAGUCCUCGCCCAGGCCAAGCCUGUCCCAGCCCCCACGGCGGCCUUGGGGCAACCUGACGGCCGAGCUGAGCCGUUUCCGCGGCACGGUGCAGGACCUGGAGCGCCACCUGCGGGUUCACGGCUACCCACUGCGGGCCAACCAGACUUACACGUCGGUGGCGCGCCACAUCCAUGAAUACUUGCAGCGGCGUCUGUUGGCCGCCGCCCCCGCCGGCUCCCCUUCACCCCUGACCCGCCACCCCCGCCCCACCGCCAGCCCUGACCCCGGCACCAGGAAACGGGACUCCAACCAGGGAAUCUACGGCCUCUCGCCUGAAGGUGUCGACCGGGUGGCUGCGCCCCGCCACCCCAAGCCAGAGGUGCUGGGCAGUUCCGCCGAUGGCGCGCUUCUCGUGUCUCUCGACGGGCUCCGCGGCCAAUUCGAGCGCGUGGUGCUGCGCUGGCGGCCUCAACCGCCUGCAGAGGGCCCCGGCGGUGAGCUGACCGUGCCGGGCACCACGCGCACCGUCAGCCUGCCCGACCUCAGGCCCGGCACCACCUACCACGUGGAGGUCCACGGGGUGCGGGCGGGGCAGACCUCCAAGUCCUACGCCUUCAUCACCACCACAGGGUCCUCACCCUCGGGCCUCUUGGGGACUACCGAUGAGCCUCCUCCCUCAGGCCCCUCAACGACCCAAGGGGCCCAGGCUCCUCUCUUGCAGCAGCGCCCCCAGGAGCUGGGAGAGUUGAGGGUGCUGGGCAGAGAUGAGACAGGGCGCCUCCGUGUGGUCUGGACCGCCCAGCCUGACACCUUUGCCCACUUCCAACUGCGCCUGCGGGUGCCCGAGGGGCCGGGGGCACAUGAGGAAGUGCUGCCAGGGGACGUCCGCCAGGCUCUGGUGCCUCCACCCGCUCCUGGAGCCCCGUACGAGCUGUCACUUCGUGGGGUCCCUCCUGGGGGCAAGCCCUCUGACCCUGUCAUCUACCAAGGCAUUAUGGACAAGGAUGAGGAGAAGCCUGGGAAGUCCUCAGGCCCACCACGCCUGGGUGAGCUGACGGUGACAGACAGGACCUCCGACUCCUUGCUCUUGCGCUGGACAGUCCCCGAGGGCGAGUUUGACUCCUUCGUGAUCCAGUACAAAGACAGGGACGGGCAGCCCAAGGUGGUGCCCGUGGAGGGGCCCCAGCGCUCAGCUGUCAUCACCUCCCUGGAUCCUGGCCGCAAGUACAAAUUUGUCCUGUAUGGGUUCGUUGGCAAGAAGAGGCAUGGUCCCCUGGUGACUGAAGCCAAGAUCUUGCCUCAGAGUGACCCACGUCCAGGGACUCCACCCCGUCUGGGAAACCUGUGGGUGACAGACCCUACCCCAGACUCACUGCACCUCUCCUGGACUGUCCCUGAGGGCCAGUUCGACACCUUCAUGGUCCAGUACAGGGACAAGGAUGGACGGCCCCAGGUGGUACCUGUGGAAGGGCCUGAGCGUUCAUUUGUUGUCUCCUCACUGGACCCUGACCACAAGUACAGAUUCACUCUGUUUGGAAUCGCGAAUAAGAAGCGGUAUGGCCCCCUCACGGCCGAUGGCACCACUGCUCCAGAGAGGAAAGAGGAGCCCCCCCGCCCCGAGUACCUGGAGCAGCCCCUCCUGGGGGAACUGACAGUGACCGGUGUGACCCCAGACUCUUUGCGCCUCUCAUGGACGGUGGCCCAGGGCCCCUUCGACUCGUUCAUGGUCCAGUACAAAGAUGCACAGGGGCAGCCCCAGGCAGUGCCUGUUGCGGGGGAUGAGAAUGAGGUUACCGUCCCCGGCCUGGAUCCCGACCGGAAGUAUAAGAUGAACCUCUACGGGCUUCGUGGCAGGCAGCGUGUGGGGCCCGAGUCUGUGGUGGCCAAGACUGCUCCUCAGGAGGAUGUGGACGAGACCCCCAGCCCCACAGAACUGGGCACGGAGGCCCCGGAGUCCUCUGAGGAGCCGCUCCUGGGGGAGCUGACAGUGACAGGAUCCUCCCCUGACUCGCUGAGCCUCUCCUGGACCGUCCCCCAGGGCCGCUUCGACUCCUUCACCGUGCAGUACAAAGACAGGGAUGGGCGGCCCCAGGCGGUGCGUGUUGGGGGUGAGGAGAGUGAGGUCACCGUGGGGGGCCUGGAGCCCGGGCACAAGUACAAGAUGCACCUGUACGGCCUCCACGAGGGACAGCGCGUGGGCCCGGUGUCUGCCGUGGGCGUGACAGCCCCACAACAAGAAGAGACCCCUCCAGCCACCAAGCCCCCUCUGGAGCCACGCCUAGGAGAGCUGACAGUGACAGACGUGACCCCCAACUCUGUGGGCCUCUCCUGGACAGUCCCUGAGGGCCAGUUUGACUCCUUCAUGGUCCAGUACAAAGACAAGGACGGGCAGCCUCAGGCGGUGCCGGUGGCUGCAGACCAGCAGGAGGUCACAAUCUACAACCUGGAGCCUGAGAGAAAAUACAAGAUGAACAUGUAUGGACUACAUGAUGGGCAACGCGUGGGCCCCCUGUCUGUGGUCAUCAUGACGGCUCCCCUCCCACCAGCCCCAGCCACGGAGGCCUCCGAGCCUCCCCUGGAGCCACGCCUAGGGGAGCUGACAGUGACGGAUGUCACCCCUGAGUCUGUGGGCCUCUCGUGGACAGUCCCUGAGGGUGAAUUCGACUCCUUUGUGGUUCAGUACAAGGACAGGGACGGGCAGCCGCAGGUGGUGCCUGUGGCUGCAGACCAGCGGGAGGUCACCAUCCCUGGCUUGGAACCCUCCCGCAAGUACAAGUUCCUGCUCUUUGGGAUCCAGGACGGGAAACGACGCAGCCCAGUCUCUGUGGAGGCAAAGACGGCUGCCCGAGGUGACGCCAGCCCAGGGGCCCCACCUCGCCUUGGGGAGCUGUGGGUGACAGACCCCACCCCAGACUCACUGCACCUCUCCUGGACGGUCCCUGAGGGCCAGUUCGACUCUUUUGUGGUCCAGUUCAAGGACAAAGACGGGCCCCAGGUGGUGCCCGUGGAGGGCCACGAGCGCUCUGUCACCAUCGCCCCUCUGGACGCCGGCCGCAAGUACAGAUUCCUCCUCUAUGGCCUCCUGGGCAAGAAGCGCCAUGGCCCCCUCACUGCCGACGGCACCACGGAGGCCCGGAGUGCUAUGGACGAUACUGGAACAAAGCGUCCCCCAAAACCCCGUCUGGGGGAGGAGCUGCAGGUGACCAGCGUGACCCAGAACUCCGUGGGCCUCUCCUGGACAGUCCCUGAGGGCCAAUUUGACUCCUUUGUGGUCCAGUACAAGGACAGGGACGGGCAGCCCCAGGUGGUGCCCGUGGAGGGCAGCCUCAGGGAGGUCAGCGUGCCGGGCCUGGACCCUGCCCACAGGUACAAGCUGCUGCUCUAUGGCCUGCACAGCGGCAAGCGUGUGGGCCCCAUCUCAGCCGUCGCCAUAACUGCCCGCAGGGAAGACACGGAAACUGAGACCACGGCCCCGACCCCUCCAGCGCCUGAGCCCCGCCUCGGGGAGCUGACAGUGAAGGAGGCCACGCCACACACCCUGCAUCUCUCCUGGAUGGUGACUGAGGGAGAAUUUGACUCCUUCGAAAUCCAGCACACAGAUAGAGAAGGGCAACUCCAAACGGUCCGUACAGGAGGUGACCAGAAUGACAUCACCCUCUCUGGCCUGGAAUCCGACCACAGAUACGUGGUGACCCUGUAUGGUUUCCGCGAUGGGAAGCAUGUGGGUCCUGUCCAUGUCGAGGCCCUGACAGUCCCGGAGGAGGAGGAGCCUUCGGAACCUCCCACCGCAACCUCCGAGCCCCCCAUCACACCUCACCUGGGGGAGCUGACUGUGACAGACGCCACCCCCGACUCCCUCAGCCUGUCCUGGACAGUUCCUGAGGGCCAGUUUGACCACUUCCUGGUCCAGUACAGGAACGGAGACGGGCGGCCCAAGGCUGUGCGGGUGCCAGGGCAUGAGGAUGGGGUCACCAUCUCGGGCCUGGAGCCAGACCACAAAUACAAGAUGAACCUGUACGGUUUCCACGGUGGCCAGCGCAUGGGCCCUGUGUCUGCAAUCGGGGUGACGGCUGCAGAGGAAGAGACCCCCAGCCCCACAGAACCCAGCACGGAGGCCCCGGAGCCCCCCGAGGAGCCGCUCCUGGGGGAGCUGACAGUGACAGGAUCCUCCCCUGACUCGCUGAGCCUCUCCUGGACCGUCCCCCAGGGCCGCUUCGACUCCUUCACCGUGCAGUACAAGGACAGGGACGGGCGGCCCCAGGUGGUGCGUGUCGGGGGCGAGGAGAGUGAGGUCACCGUGGGGGGCCUGGAGCCCGGGCACAAGUACAAGAUGCACCUGUACGGCCUCCACGAGGGGCGGCGUGUGGGCCCGGUGUCCGCUGUGGGCGUCACGGCCCCCAAAGAGGAGUCCCCUGAUGCUCCUCUUGUGAAGCCGCGCCUAGGGGAGAUGACAGUGAGAGACGCCACCCCCGACUCCCUCAGCCUGUCCUGGACAGUCCCCGAGGGCCAGUUUGACCAUUUCUUGGUCCAGUACAAGAAUGGGGACGGGCAGCCCAAGGCGGUGCGGGUGCCAGGACACGAGGACGGGGUCACUAUCUCGGGCCUGGAGCCAGACCACAAGUAUAAGAUGAACCUGUAUGGCUUCCAUGGUGGCCAGCGCAUGGGCCCUGUGUCUGCUGUUGGUUUAACUGGUGAGUGUGCAGUAGGGCACUGGGCCCUGCCCUGAACUAGACUCAGUUUCCCCUUUAUUGUCAGUAUCUGGUGGCUUUAUUUUACUUUCCCUGAACCUCCAAGCUCCUGGGAAUGGUUCUGCUGGUGCCUUCACUCCAAGCCUUUGGUAUUGUCCCAGGUCUUCUACCCUUUACACAUGGGCUUUUUGGGUUCUCAAAGAGGUGGGGGACCAGGAAAAUAACACAGACUGAGGUACACCUGGGGUUGACCAUAGCCUCAGCCC